AUGGAUGUUUUUGGUGGUGCGCCACGUUUCUUAGCCUACCCAAGACCUGUAGUGGUACAAAGCGGCACUGAUGCAGUGCUUAAGUGUCAGAUUGGUGGUGAUCCAAGGCCUGCCGUUAUCUGGGAGAGAAGCAAUGAAAAGAUUGACCAACAAGGACGAUAUAGGGUCUUUGAGGAUGGCAAUGUUUACAAUCUCAUCAUCUCAGCUGUCACAGCUGAGGAUAGUGGACAGUACAUAUGCAAAGCAAAAAAUUGCAUUGGGGAAACCUAUGCAGCUGCCACGCUGAAGGUGGAAGGUGAAGCGCAAGAGAUGGAGUUGCGGGAGGAAAAUAAGCCACGAUUCCUCAUCAAGCCCCUCUCCACUCGUGUUGGUCGUGGGGAAGAUGCUGUCUUCUCUUGUAAGCUUUGGGGAAACCCAAAGCCAGAGGUUAUCUGGGAAAAAGACGGUAGAAGACUCAAUGAAAUAUUUGAAAGCACACAUUUCAGUGUAGGCUACCAGGAUGGUGGAUGGUUCCAGCUCAAGAUCUUUAAGACCCGUGCUCCUGAUGGUGGUGUAUACACAUGCAAGGCAAGAAAUGAAUUUGGGGAAGCGCUAGCAGGAGCUGUGUUGCUUGUUGAUGCAGGUCCAGGACAUGAAGAAGAAGGAAAUCGCAACGGCUACAUAAAUGGCCACUGGAAAGUCCAUCAGGGAAAACAAAGGAGUGGCAGGCAACUGCCAAACCGCCUAAAAGACGACAGCAUGACCAAGUCAACAAAAGUAAAAAUGUUUGCUGUGACAGAGGGCAAACAUGCCAAAUUCCGUUGCUUUGUGACUGGUAAACCCAAACCAGAAAUAAUUUGGAGGAAAGAUGGUAGACUCAUACUGUCUGGAAGGCGUUAUUUGUUAUAUGAAGACAGAGAAGGCUACUUCACACUUAAAGUUCUUUAUUGUAAGCAAAAGGAUAACGGAGUUUAUGUUUGCGCUGCAUCAAAUACUGCUGGGCAAACCCUCAGUGCUGUACACCUCUCUGUCAAGGAGCCGCCUGUGCGGUUCAAGCAGCCUCUCAUUGAUCUUGAAGUAUGGGAGCGGGAUUUGGCUGUUCUCGAGUGUGAAGUUCCAGAGGACUCGGUUCCCAUCACAUGGUAUCUGGAGGAUAGACGACUGCAACCAGGGGCCAAAUAUGGAAUGGAGGAGUGGGGAACGAAACGACGACUGACAAUUCGCGACAUCGGAGUUGAUGAUGAUGGGAUUUACCUCUGCGAGAUGCCUGAUGGGGGCAGAAGCAUUGCAGAGGUAGCUGUAAAAGGCACAAUUUUGCGGAAGCUUCCACGAAAAGUGGAUGUCUUGGAAGGUGAAAAUGCUGCCUUUUGUGUUGAAGUAGAAAAAGAAGAGAUGGAUAUACAUUGGUACAAAGAUGGCUUAGAGCUGCGUGAAACCCAUCAGACCAUUAUUAAAUCCUUUGGUCGAACUCACAUCCUGGUUUUCGUCAACACAAUGCCCCAGGACUCUGGCCUCGUGACUUUCCUUGUAGGCAGAUCCAAGACUUCCUCUCAGCUAAGAGUGAAAUCGGCCAGACAUUGUCCACCUAGCUGUCCAGUGGCUGUGCAGAUCAACACAGAGCGUGCUAAUGCAGCUCUUCUCUCGUGGGUUCCUGCUCAGGACUCACGAAAGAAUCCUCCCUCUGGAUAUGUGCUUGAACGCCAAGAGGUGGGCACUGGUUCGCAAGAAUGGCUUCAGUGUCUGACCACCGAUUCUGCAACCUCUGUGGAGAUCCUUGGUGACAGUGUCCCUUGUGAGGCGGAUUACCGCUUUCGUAUUUGCAGCGUCAACAAAUAUGGGAAAAGCAAUAAUGUUGAAUUCCCUAAAACUGUUCACUUAGUUCCUGUGGCCAGAAUACAAGCUCCCUUACAGGAUGCCUUGGUGCCAGAGGGGCAAGACGCCCUCUUCUCUAUUGAGCUUUCUGCUUCAGUUAUUGGUACAUGGUUCUUAAAUGGGACUCAGCUUCAGGAAGAUGAGCGGUAUUCCAUGCGUCGGUCACGAGCACACCAAUCUCUCCGCAUUCGAGGAGUACGUGAUACAGAUAAUGGAGCUGAGAUUACAUUCAUUGCCUAUGGCAUCCGUGAUUCUGCAGCACUGUACAUUCAAGCUCCUCUUGUCAAGUUUUUCCCAUUGUCAGAGAUGGAUCGAAAUAAAUUUGUAGAAAUCGGGAAUCCCAUUGUGCUCUACUGUGAGGUAUCAGACCCUGCAGCUCUGGUGCACUGGUACAAGAACGGGGUUGAAUUAAGAUCUGUGGAAGGUCUUCAUAUCCAAUCAGAGGGCACCAUGAGACGAAUUGUCAUCCAGUCAGCAGAGUUAUCACAUUCAGGAGUCUACUGCUGUGAUGCCAUUGAUGAUGUCAUCAGGUUCAAUGUGGAAGUAGAGGCACCACCGGUAACGUUUGCUGAUAUCCCAGAGAGGGACCUUUUCCAGAGUGUUGUGGAACAUGAACAGCUUGUUCUGUCAUGUGAAGUAUCAAGGUCUGAUGGCGUUGUCAAAUGGUACAAAGACGGAACUGAAAUGCAACCAGCCAAUAAUGUUACAAUCCAAGCAGAGGGCACCAAAAGAAAGCUGAUUAUACAUUCAGCCCAACUGUCCGACACAGCUACAUACACAUGCCGUGUAGGAGACAACGUUUUAGUCUUCAAAGUUAACAUACGAGAACCUCCUGUGACGAUAAUCUAUCCCAAGGAGGAUGUCCACCUUGACCGUCAUGUCCCCGAUGAAAUUAUUCUGAGCUGUGAACUGUCUCGUGCCAGCGGUGUGGUCAGCUGGUAUAAAGACGGUCAAAAGCUUCAAGAGAGUGAGAACAUCAAGCUCAAGGUAGAAGGGCCUUAUCGGCGACUUAAGAUACUAUCUAGUGGAGUAGAGGAUUCUGGAGAAUACGUCUGUGAUACAGCUGACGAUUCAAUAUUCUUUCACCUAAAUAUCACAGAACCUCCAGUGAAGAUUGUAUCCCCAAGUCAGUCAGAAAUGGAACUGUGUCAGCAGACCUCUGAGAGGAUGGUACUAAGCUGUGAGAUCUCACGGCCCAAUGCAAUGGUACGCUGGUAUCGUGAUGGACUCGAGGUGGAGGAGAACGACAAUCUCAUUCUGGAGGUGGAUGGUGUCUACAGAAGACUUAUUAUACCUGAAACUACCGUCAAAGAUUCAGCAGAAUAUGUAUGUGACACAGCGGAUGACUCCAAGACAUUCUUUGUAAACAUAGCAGAGCCUCCUGUUCGCUUCAUUCGUCCUCGGAAGAUGGCAAGUAGAGUAGAGAAAAUGGCCGGGGAGACUCUAGUUCUAGACUGCGAGGUUUCAAGAUCAAAUGCUGAAGUCACUUGGAAGAAGAAUGGGGAAGAAGUCGAAGACUCUAGAAACAUCACAAUCCUUGAAGAUGGCGUCAUCCGUCAGUUGACCAUUCACUCUCUGACAGUGGAAGAUGCUGGGCAAUAUGUCUGCGACGCAAAAGACGAUGUAAUGGAUUUCAGUGUGAUAGUGCAAGAAUUACCUGUAAAAAUUCUUGGAAAAACAGAUGCAAAAACAGAAAAACAGUUCUUAGUAUCAGAUGACAUUAUUCUUGUAUGUGAACUCUCAAGAGCCAAUGCCUCAGUCAGCUGGUAUAAAGAUAACAAGCUUAUUGAUGACAAUGAGCAAUACUGCAUCGAAGAGCAAGGUGUUUUCCGAUCUCUGGUUGUCCUAAAUGCUGGGUUUGAAGAUUCAGGGGAAUAUACCUGUGAUGCAGUGGAUGAUAAAAUGGUCUUCUAUAUCACUGUCAAAGAGCCUCCUGUGCAGAUCAUUGGAAAUGCAGGCCACCCAGAGCAUCAUAUACUGGUAGCAGGAGAUGAUCUUAUUUUGGAGUGUGAAGUGUCUCGGCCAAACGCCACAGUUGAGUGGUUAUGGAACGGCAAGAUAUUGAAACCAGAUACUCGUGUAAAAAUUGACAGCUAUGACGUUGUGAGGAAGCUUGUUCUCUUUGGACUUCAGCCCUCGGACUCUGGAGAAUACAUUUGCGAUGCCCUCGAUGACAAAUUGAUAACAAUUGUAGAGGUCCAAGAGCCGCCAGCCAAGUUUCUGAAUAAAAAAGCAAACAGCAUCACAGCCUAUGAAAACGAGAGCGUCACACUGUGUGCCAUUGUGAGCCAUGAAAGAGCAAAUGUUCGGUGGCUGAAAGAUGGCCAACUAUUGAACGAGGAGAACAUUCACAUCUCCAGUGUGGGUAAUACCCACAAGCUCACCAUUAAUCCUCUGCAGCUGUCUGAUUCUGGAGAAUAUGUCUGUGAUGUAAAGACAGAUGAGAUGUAUUUCAGUCUUUUAGUCAAAGAAAUGAAGGUUAAAUUUAUCAGACAGUUGGAGAAUAUCAAGGCUCCAAAGGGAACCCGCCUUACGUUACAAUGUGAGAUCAACAAGCCAAAAGGAGACGUUCAGUGGCUAAAAAAUGGCCACGAGAUCUCUCCUAGCCGUCGGCACACAAUCAGGGCUCAAGGUAGAGAGCGGAGCUUUACCAUCCACCAAGUAAUGGAGGAAGACGGCGGAGAAUAUGUCUGUGAAUCCACAGAUGACAGGACUUCAGCCACUGUCACUGUAGAAACCCCCCGUAUUAUUGAGUUCAUAGCAGAGCUUCGUAAUGUCAUCAUCUGUGAAGGAGAAGAUGCCGUUUUUAAGUGUGUGGUUUCACCGGAGGACACCAAGUUGGUGUGGCACUUAAACGGCAAGCAAGUAGCCCUGAAUGAGCGCACUGUGGUUUCCAGCAAUGGGCUAUGCCACAUGCUCUGCAUCAACAACUGCAUGGUUUCAGAUAGCGGCAGAGUGACAGCUGAUGCAGAGGGGUUGAUUUCAGAGGCAGAACUACAGGUUCAAGAGCAACAGGUGCUGUUCAGUAAGAAAAUGACACCAGUUGUAGCUGAAGAAUACAGUGAAGCAACUCUAGAAGUGGAGGUGAGUGUGGAUUCGGGAGAGGUGCGGUGGAUGAGGCAAGGGGUGCUAAUCCACCCUGGGGCCAAGUAUACCCUGAAGCACAAGGGCCGCAAACACAGUCUCACCCUCCACAAAGUGUCAAUGUCUGACCGGGGCACCUACAGCUGUGAAACCCUUCAUGACCGCACACAAGCCCAGCUCACAGUGGAACCUCGAAAAAUCACAAUCAAGAGGGGACUGACCGACAUUAAAACCACAGAGAGGGAAACAGCUUCUUUCGAGGUAGAGGUGUCCCAUCCCAAUGUCCCGGGCACAUGGAUGAGAAACGGACUCAAGCUUAAGCCAACUAAUCACUUCCGUAUGAGCGCAAAAGGACAAGUCCACAGCCUUACUAUCUCUAACCUGUCAGUAGAAGACACUGGCACCUUUGUGUUCUGCAUAGAGAAUCUGAAGACCUCUGCAAGGCUUGUUGUAAAGGAGCCCCCAGUGACCAUUUUCAGAAAACUGGACAACCAGAGGUUCCCUGAAGGGGCAGUAAUCUCCAUCGAGUGUGAGCUGUCAAGACACAACGUGGAUGUGAAAUGGAUGAAGGACGGGGCUGAGGUGAAGACCAGCAAAGACUUGCGCAUUUAUGCAAUGGGAAGGAAGCGGUUUCUCCAGAUCAUGAAAUGCCAAGUCAGUGAUUCUGGCGUGUAUACCUGCGAUGCAGGAGAUGCAGCUACAUCCUGCACUGUGGAAGUCUAUGAGCGUGAGCUGGUGAUCCUCCAGGGUCUUGAGGACCUGGACAUCCAGGAGGAUGAAAACGCCGUGUUUGUUUGUGAGAUCUCAGUGGAGGAUGUGCCGGGGGAAUGGUACAAAAAUGGGGAGCGGAUACAGCCCACCAGCACCAUUAAGAUCCGCCAGGAAGGGACAAAACAUUUUCUUCUCAUGUGCAACGUGCGAGCAGAGGACUCUGGAGAGAUUAAAUUUGUGGCGAGGCACAUUGAAUCUGUUGCUUACUUGGAGGUGGAAGAGCUUCCAGUCAGUAUUGUAAAACCUCUGCAAGACAAGACGGCCCUUGAGAAGAGCCGCGUGAUCUUGGACUGCACAGUGUCCAACCCCAGAUGUAGCAUCCGCUGGUACAAAGGCAGCAAUGUCAUCCUGCCCUCUGAACGCUUCGAGAUCUGCAGCGAAGGAUGUUAUCGCAAGCUGAUCAUCCAGCAGGUGGCGCUAGAUGAUGAGGGCACAUACAGUGUGCAGGUUGGAGAUUAUACUUGCUCUGCAAAACUGACAGUGGAGGCCCUGUCUUUAUUGUUGGUCCGAGAGCUUAAAGAUGUGGAAGUCAUGGCUCCUGAUGAGGCCUGCUUCGAAUGUGAGGUCUCAGCUCCUGUCUUCAAAUCCCCCGUGUGGACUCUGAAUGGGGAGCCUUUGCAGUCGAGCUCUCGGGUACGCCUGGAGAAGAUGGGCACAGUGCACAGGCUGACUCUCAGGCAGACCUCUCCGGAAAUGAAUGGCGUGGUAGAGUUCACGGCUGGGAAAACAAAGAGCAAAGCCCAGCUGCGGAUAGUGAGUGAUCACUGAGUGAAAUCCCUGCUCUGCAAUCACCUUGAUGUGGCUUAAUUAUUAUACUGGUGGCUCAAAAUGUACCACUGAAAUUGCUUAUAUAUUUAAAUACAGUCUGUAAACGUGGCUUAAACAGGGUUGUGAUGGAUUUUCAUGCAGUUCAUUUAAUCAUGUCAUCAUUUUAAUGACAACAUUUGCCAGCAUGUGAGAACAUUUACAAAGAGUUUUUUGUUGUUAUAUAAAACUGCAGUUUCGUUGUAAAUAAUGUCCAAUGUGAAAGUGGUUUGACUGGGUUAACUGGGUUAUGAAAGCUUAAGAUGAAUGUGUAUUUGUGCCAAAUAAAUUAGAAUGAAAUGAAAUAAAAAUCUGAUUAAAAUCCUCUAACUUAAAGUCUCUGGUUAGUUCCUUUAAGCAUCAUUAGUGUUAAAGUAACCCAACAACAGCAACUCGAAAGAGAUUUGGAAUAUAAUGUAUGUAAAGCAAAAAUUAAAACUCUCAAUGUGUGUCUGUAUACACACAUUGGUAGGCCUUUUCCAUUAGAAAACUAACAUUAUACAUUAAUUUUAGGUUCCCCUUAUUUUAUUACAGCAUGUUUUUGUGUGGAUGUUGUGGCAGAGACUUUUACUUUUGGUUUAGAAAACAGAAACACCAGAAUGAAGUAUGAGAACAGACUGCAUAUAAAAGAUGGACUUACCCAACAUGAUGUAACCCACUGGCAGAGGUGGCAAAAGUACUCACAUUCAUCACUUAAGCAGAAGUACAGAUACUUGUGUUAAAAAUUCCCUGAUGAAAGUUCAACUACUGAUUCAGCUUCUUUACUUAAGUAAAAGUGAAAACAUUACAGGCUCUGAAAUGUACCCAAAUAUGAAAGCAAAAAGUAGCUUCUCCGGUGACAUUUCUGCUAGCUAUUUUGUGUAAAGCUAACAGAACUCCAUUAAUAAUAUAAUAAAAUAAUAUUAAUGAAAUAAGAGCAUGUACCCAAUGUACUCAGUUUGAAAAUCUGCAUGUAGAGCCUAAACAAAGAAAAACAAAGGGAAUUAAAAAAUAAUAAAAUACUUCCACACCUUAACAGUCAUUUGUUAAAGUGGGAUUUGGCAGGUGGAUGAACCCUAGGAUUGGUUGGAGUAGUGCACGGUACAGUGAAUCAUCAGCUUAAAUUCAUGGCUGUUACUCUGUUACACUGACCAAGCAGAUCACGGCUGCUCUGCACUGUUCCAACAUAGUCUAUUACUUUCAACUUCACCACAGUCCUUUUACUAACCAGCAUGGCCCUCGCUAAACUUUGAAAUACACAAAGUUACUAUACUUUAAUGUCUUGUACAGGACAUUUCACAAAAAGAUAAUUCAGGAAAACAUCAUGUAUGAGAUGGUACACGAUGUAUCCAUGAUAUACAUGAUGGACAUGUCCACGAAUCCAUCUCUGGGUGAGUUAUCUGAAGCAGGUGUAGCUUUAGCUAGCAGACGCAUUGAAGUCCAAAGUUUGUGCUUUUGCUGAUAUUUGUUGGAAAUGCUGCUUUUUAAAUUACCUGCCACUUAACAAAACCAAACAUUGCUCCCCUUAUGCCCGUUACUCUUCAGCACUUAUGAACAUCUGCACCAUGAAUGUCCACAUUAACCCGUGACUGUGGGUUUCUGCUUAUUUUGCCUUUUUCUCUCUUUAUCUCUUUUUGCACAAUAAGCAUUGGUGAUGGAUUCUCCAAUUUACUUGUUAUGUAAACUGGCUUAAUGUUUUAAAGCGUGCAGUAGGAAAUAAGUAAGAAAUAAUGACUCCCCACACCUAAAUAACGAGCCUGUUUUGAAAAUGGAAGGAGUAGAAAAUACAUUAAAUGUAAAAAGUCAUCAGAAAAAUAAAUACUCAAAAGCACAAAUACCUGAAAAUUUGACUUAAGUACAGUAACAGUAAUUGCAUUUAGUCGUUUCCCGCCUCUGGAACUGGUCUGAAAAGUGAGAAGUCAUUAGCCAAUGAGAAUACUGUGUUUUAUCUUAUAUUUGAGCCAUAACAACUAUAAUUUAGUACUGUAUUCAAUAUGCUCUAAAUCAAGCAGUUGAUUCAGCCAAUCAGGAAAAUGUUGAGUCACAUAGGAAGGAAUUUGAGGACUUCUGAGGACACUUAAGACUUUUAUAAAUCCAUAACUCUUUCUGCAAUCAGAGUAGCCGCCGCGCGGUAAAACAUUAAAAAUACUUCUUCAUACCUGAAAGUCCAUUGAACGCCCAUCUUUUAUAUGCAGUUUAUGGGUAUGACCAGUUGGUUUUUGUGUCAGCGCAAUAAAUGUUUCCAUCAUUGGUUCAUUGUAAAGAAAUUUUUUUUUUUUUUUUUUUUUUUUUAAAAGGUUUUCAUGGAAACUUUGAAUAAAGAGCUUUCUGUCUUGCAGCAAACGGCUUGUAAUGUAAAUAUACUGGGCCAAAAUGAAAGAAAGAAAAACAUCUGAUCACCUUGACUGAUGAUCAGGGCAUGCUUGAUUUACCAAAUGGUUUUAUCGUGUGGGUAUUACGUUUGUCGAGUGGAGAACGAUUGCCGUUUUCAUAUCAAACCUGUUCCAUAUUCCAUUUUUUCCUUUCGACUUGAUCUUAUAUGUUGUGUUGAGUGUGAGGAAUGUGAAGUCAAGUACUGUAGUGAAAUAUGACCGUUUCAAUAAAACAUGCUUUAUUGAUGGAAGUUGAAAGUAUCUCGUCUUUUUUCCCCAGUGUUGACUGUUAUUAGCUGCAGUUGAAGGAACGCGCUCAUUUAAACCAGCUUCUUUACUUGAGACGAGUCAUCUUGUUGCAUAUGUUCCAAAAGAUAAAUGAAUACUUCAAGACCGAUUAUGGUUUUUCUUUUGUUUAAAGUAAAACUAAUAGAGAUAAACUAAUGCAAUCACUCUGAAAUCCUCACACACAAAUACAAAAUCGGGAUUUGAGCACAUGCGGCAAAUUCCCCUCAAAUCAAACUGAAUAUACAGAUCGAUAAGGUCGUACACGCCACAUUCAAGUUUACUGACAGUAGGCAUCAAAGUCAAAUCAAACUUUUCCAAGACAGCAUCAAAUAUUACAUUACUGAUGGCCAACACAAGUGAUAACUCAGAAAAACAUUAAAACUAGAUGACAAUAAAAUCCUGAUAAACGUAUAUACAAAAAAAAAAACAACCCCCCCCCCCACAAAACAAAAAUAGCCUCACUCACUUUUGCUGUUGUACACGUGUGUGUGUGAACUUCAGUCAGUGUGGUGUAAAUCAGCUUCUUAAUGCUACUCCAGAGCUAAACAGUGGGUGACAAAUUAAAGGAAAAACCUGAACCCUGGACUCUUGCUGUGGCUCUUGUACCUCUGGCAGAGUUUGGGCACCUUACUCCAUUAAAAGGGGA